UAGCAUUUAGUAAGAUAGGCCCUAGAUUCUAGAUUUAGUAGGCCUAAUGAUAAUAGAUCUAGAUCUAGAAUACUACUCGUAGUUACUGGCACUAAAAUAGUUCUCAAGACCUGCUUCAAGAAGAAAAGUAGAAAUAACUCUCGUGAUUUCAACUUGUUUAGUUGAAAACUUUUCACACAUCUUGAAAAGAAAACACACACAAAAAAAACAAACAACCAAAAGCAUAAAAAUGAUAUAACCAAAAAUAAAUUGUUUCUUGCUAUUAAACCCUAAUGCUGCAGGCCUAAUUAUUAAUUAAAAUUACUCUCAUGCCCAUUGGACAGUAAAAUGGAUGUUUUAAAAGCUGAAAUUGAAAGAAAGAAACGUCAGCUUGAAGAAAGCAGUUUAAUUAAGAAUCCAAAGCAAAAAUAUUUUAAACGAGCAGACCUUGCCAGCAAACAAGCAGAAGAGUAUUGGAAGAAAUCUAGUAAUGUGGUCAAAUCAGAGUACGUCAGUCAGAAGAAUGAAGGUAUAGUCCCAGCUGUUAGCAAUGUGGAUGGAAAAACUGACAGACAAGCCCAGCUGCCAAGGAAAGAGGUGGUGAGGAAGCUGCGUGAGAGAGGGGAACCCAUCCGCCUCUUUGGUGAAGAUGACUUUGAUGCUUACAAAAGGUUGAAGAAACUUGAAACCUCUGAGCCAGAUAUUAAGGGUGAAGGCUAUUCUAAUGACUUCCAAGCAGCCAUGGAGAAGGUGGAUGAAGACUAUUUGAAUGAAAUCAUCAAAUCUACUGGCAAAGAGGAAGUCAAUACCAGCAAUGAUGUGUCAGUCAAGGAUGAUGGAACAACUCAAGAAGAUAUCAACAGAAUGAGACAAGAGCUUGGUCAGGGUGACAAAGAUAAAGAUCAUGAAAUUGUGCUCAGAUUUUUUAAGUUUGUCUUGAAGAAGUGGGGAGAGCAGCUGAACACCCGCCCUGAAGAAGAGAAGAGGACUAUCAAAGGGAAGGUAGCCAGUGCUACCCACUCACAGACUGUUGCCUACCUCAAGCCCUUAUUCAGGAAGCUCAAAUACAAGGACAUUGAUGAAGGUUUGUUGGAGAGUAUUGUGGAGAUAGUCCAGUACAUGAUGGACAAGAACUACAUCAAGGCCAAUGACUCUUAUCUUGAGAUGGCUAUUGGAAAUGCUCCCUGGCCUAUUGGCGUCACUAUGGUGGGUAUCCAUGCCCGUACAGGCAGAGAGAAGAUUUCUUCACGUUAUGUGGCGCACGUGUUGAAUGAUGAAACACAGCGCAAGUAUAUCCAGGCUGUAAAAAGACUGAUGACACAGUGCCAGAACCUGUUUCCAACAGACCCCUCUCGCAGCUACAACUUCCUCAGAACUAGCAGCUCCUGAUAUUUGGUUAUUAAAGUUCACAAUCACUU